GGGAUAUAUUUAUUGAAAAAGAACGCGGGAUAUAUUUAUUGAAAAAGAACGCGUGACGGUUUAGGAGAAAGAAAGAAGAAGAGAAGAAAAGGGAGUGCGUGGAGCUCAAGUUAGUUGGGGCUAAGUCAAUUUCCAAUUUUUUUUCUUUCCGAAUUUGUUGCUAUUUUUUUUUCCUUUUAUUCUUUGGGCGUACACUUUUCUUUUAGUAUGAGAUGGGAAUUGAUAGUCCAUCCUUCUUCCGACAUUGGUGGACUGACAUUCCCAUCUCAAUUUUCAGCUUUUUUGUGUUAAAGUUUGUGAUUAGAAUUUUAUUGAUUGUGUACUGAAAAUUUGUAGUGCGAUUCAUGUUUGAGAUUUUUUGCGGGGUCUGUGGUGAUUGCGAAGGAAUUUCUUGGACUUGUUUUAGCCAGGAGCUUAGGUGUUUUCGAACUGUUACUUGUACUCAGACAGUGGUGAGUAACUUGGAUGAUGCACUUGGAUUGGUUGGUAUUGCAAUAUCAACUGCUCUGGAGAGGAGCAAGCCAGUUUACGUUAGCAUAGCCUGCAAUUUUCCUGGGAUCCUUCACCCCACAUUUGCUAUAGAACUUGUUACUUUCUAUCUUGCUUCAAAGUAUGUUGUCUCCUGUUCUUUACAUACAUUUUCCACUUUACGGCUUAACAAUUAUUUUUUUUCCAUUUUAGCGAAAGAAUGUGCAGUAUAUUACGCUGUUGUCUUAAAAAGGGAAUGCACCUAAGUUCUUGAACAAAUCUGUAAAGCCGGUUAUUGUGGGAAGUCCCAAAGUAAAAGUGGCAAAAGAACAAAAAGCCUUUGUGGAACUUGCUGAUGCUUGUGGCUAUCUGAUGGCAGUAAUGCCAUCAUUCAAGGAGCUUUUUUGAAAAAGCUUUUUGUGCAUGCCCUCAAACACCUAUGUAAC